AUGACCUUCACCUUCACAGCCCUGCUCUGUCUGGGACUGACUCUGGGCCUGGGGACCCCAGUGCCGGCAGAGGACCUCCCUAAACCUAUCCUCAGAGUACAACCAGACUCUGUGGUCUACAAGCAGACUACAGUAACCUUCUUGUGUGAGGGGACCAGAGGAGCCAAACAGUACAUACUCUAUAAAGAGGGAUACCAGUAUCUACGGAGUACAGAGAUUCCACAGAAUCCUAAGAAAAAGGUUGAAUUCUCAAUCCCAAAAAUAGACUGCAAUCAUGCAGGGCGAUAUCAAUGUGGCUAUCAGACUCAUGAUGGAUGGUCAGAGUUCAGUGACUCCCUGGAGCUGGUGGUGACAGGAGCACACAGUAAACCCAGCCUGUCAGCCCAGCCCAGCCCUGUGGUGUCUGAGGGAGGACAUGUAACCCUCCAGUGUGUCUCAAAACUACAAUACCACAGGUUCAUUCUGACUGGGAAAGGAACACGGAAUAUCUCCCAAAUGCUGGAUUCAGAGUACAAAUACUCUAUUCAACACUACCAGGCCAUGUACUCUGUGGGCCCUGUGACCUCCAACCACAGGUGGACAUUCCAAUGCUACAGCAAUUACCCGAGAAGCCCACUGGUGUGGUCAGAACCUAGUGACCCUCUGGAGCUCCUCUUCUCAGGGACCCUCCACAAACCCACCAUCAAAGCUGAGCCAGGCUCUGUGGUCAGCUUAGGAAGUCACAUGACUAUCUGGUGUGAGGGGACCCUGGAUGCAGAAAUAUAUGUUCUGCAUAAAGAGGGAAGCCAAAAACCCUGGGACAUACAGACCCCAGAGAAGCCUGAGAACAAGGCCAAGUUCUCCAUCCCUUCAGUGACACAGCAACAUGGGGGACAAUAUCGCUGUUACUGUUACAGCUCAACUGGCUGGUCAGAGCACAGUGACAUCCUGGAACUGGUGGUGACAGGAAUCCACUACAACAAACCCAGCCUGAGAGCCCUGCCCUGCCCUGUGGUGACUUUAGGAGGGAACAUAACCCUCCAGUGUUUCUCAUAUCAUGGAUAUGACAAGUUCAUUCUUAUCGAGGAAGAUCAGAAGUUCCUCAGCUCUCAGAACUCACACUUUAUACCCAGUAUCAGGCGGUGGCAAGCCUUGUUCUCUAUAGAUCAUGUAACACCAGACCACAGAAGGACAUUCAGAUGUUAUGGUUACUACAACCAUACCCCACAGUUGUGGUCAGUACCCAGUGAACUCCUGGAAAUACAUAUCUCAGGUCUGUCCAAGAAGCCCUCCUUGCUGACUCACCAAGGCCUUAUCCUGGACCCUGGGAAGAGCCUCACCCUGCAGUGUUGCUCUGACAUCAACUAUGACAGAUUUGCCCUAUACAAGUUGGGGAGAGCUGACUUCACCCAGCAUGUUUUCCAGUGGACCCAGAGAGGCCUCUCCUUGGCCAACUUCACACUGGGCCCUGUGAGCAGAUCUACCGGAGGCCAAUACAGAUGCUAUGGUGCACACAACCUCUCCUCUGAGUGGUCAGCCUCCAGUGACUCCCUGGACAUCCUGAUCACAGGACAGCUUCCCUUCAGUCCUUCCCUCUCAGUGAAGCCUAACUCCACAGUACACUCUGGAGACAACGUGACCCUGCUGUGUCAGUCAACAGACCAGGUGGACACUUUCAUUCUGUCCAAGGAGGGAGCAGCCCAACAACCCCAGCGACUAAAAUCAAAGUCUGAAGCUUGGGAUUUCCAGGCAGAAUUCUCCAUGAGUGCUGUGACCUCUGACCUCUCAGGCACCUACAGGUGCUAUGGAUCUCAAGACUCAUCUCCCUACCUGUUGUCAUAUGCCAGUGACCCUGUGGAGCUCAUGGUCUCAGGAUCCUUUGGAGCCUCCAGCCUGCCACCCUCAAGACCCAUGCCAACAGAUGCCUCAGAGAUCCAGGAUCACACAGUGGAGAAUCUCAUCAGGAUGGGGUUUGCUGCCAUGAUCCUCAUAGUCAUUGGGAUUCUGGUCUUUGAGGCUUGGGGCAGCCAGAGGCAGAUCGUCCAUGCAGCUGAGAAGUAA